CCCACUCUCCCCCAUCACUUCCUCUUCACACCCCAUGCCUUUGUGCUGAAAUAAGCAUGUGGGGAAGUCAAAGGGGAAUCACUCACUUGUGAAAUACCAACGCGGAACAUCGCAUCCAAAUGAGCAGAAAUUCAGUUUUUGAAAAACAAGUGAGAAGAAAUGUUUGCAGCGAUAAUCACAAUCUUGACUCUGUCCGUCUGUACAGUGGGUGUAAAUGCAGAGACAGUCCUGAUCCAAUCACCAGGAGUUGUGAAGGUGCCUGAAGGUGGAACAGUGCGGAUACAGUGUGACCUGGAGAGUGACAAUGUGGAAUACACUGUGGAUAAAUAUGAUGUACACUGGUACAACUCACCCAAUGAAAUUGUACUUAGUCUUUACACUGAUGGCCGAGUUUACAGGUCACGGGGCUUCUCCGAUCGAUUUCAGCUUUCCAGGAAUGUCACCACUAACAGCUACUCACUGACCAUCAGCGAUGUGAUGGUCACCGACCCUAAACUUUACAUCUGUGGCAUUUGGGGGACGGUCUUUGGAAAUGGAACCCAGCUGAAUGUGACCAGUGCAGACGUUCCUGUCCUUAUCCAGUCCCCGAGCGUACAGCGUGUCACUGAGGGUCACACGGCGUGGUUAUGGUGUACCAUGAGCAAAGCCAGGCUGGAAGACACCGACGUCCACUGGUAUCGGAAACUACCUGGGCAGGACAUGGAGUGGGUUUUAACACACAGGGCAGGAGGCAGCACAGAGAGGGGACAGGGUUUCACUGAGAGGUUCCAGUCCUACAGAGACACGUCCAACAGCAGCUUCACCCUGACAGUCACAGACGUGGUGCACAGUGAUUCUGCCGUCUAUUACUGCAGAGUGUGGGGAGACAUCGAUGGGAACGGCACCCAGCUCAUCGUAACCAAUCCCGCGGAUGAUCCCGUCCUUGUGCAGGAUCCACCAAUCAGCAAGGUGCCGGAGGGUGUAACUGUCCAGCUCCACUGUGCCUUGUAUAAUGCCAGUGUGACUGUCACCGAUGUCCAGUGGUACCACCAGCGGCCGGGGAACAAGAGCGAGUGGGCGUUGAGUCACUUUGUGAAUGACUCUGUGAGCAGGUCUGGGUGUAUCUCUGACCGUUUUCAGUCUUACAGGAAUGUCGUGAGUAACAGUUACAUUCUGACCAUCAGUAACACAUCUAUUAGUGACACUGCAGUGUACAACUGCAGUGUGUGGAGUUACAUCUACGGAGGAGGAACACAGCUCAAUGUAACUGUUGCCAAUCCUCCAGUCCUUAUCCAGUCCCCAAGCCAGGAGAACAUCACCGAGGGGCAAUCGGCACGGUUAUGGUGCACCAUGAAGAAUGCCAGAGUGGGAAACAUUGAUGUCCACUGGUAUCGGAGGCUACCCGGGCAGGACAUGGAGUGGGUCUUAACACACGAGGCAGGAGGGAGCGUACGAAGGAGACCAGGUUUCACUGAGAGGUUCCAGCCCUCCAGGAACUCCUCCAGGAGCAGUUUCAUCCUCAUCGUCACAAAGGUCGAGGUCAAUGACUCUGCCGACUAUUACUGCAGAGUGUGGGGAGACAUCAGUGGGAAUGGAUCCCGGCUCAUUGUUAUUAAAGCGGAUGAAGGUGGGUCUUCGAAAGUCUUGGCCAGUAUUCUCGUCAGUAUCCUCGUACUGGUCAUCUUAUUCUGCAUCUUGAUAACAGCAAUAUGCUAUAUGAAAAAAUGGGCAUGUUUUCAACAGAGAUUGAAGCCAGAAGGGUGCUCUACUGAAGAUUUGAACACAGUGUAUGCCACAGUUGCAGCUGAAACCGAGGUGAAUACACAGGCAGCCACAAAUGUUACUGCGUCAGAGGAAUCAGAGAUAUUUUACGCUGAUAUUCAGUUCUUCCAGCAGAAGACAGCUCCAAAAAUAAAAGUCACCGAGGAAACAACCGAAUAUGCCGUCAUCAAACGUGACUAGUGUCUAAAAGUAAUUGUUCUGCAGCCGCAGGUUAUUAAAUAUGUGUGUGCUUCUUGCUGGUAACUAUCAGCACACGGGACUCCGGAACGUCACACCUUCUCAACUUCCAGCAGCUACAACGUGAUCCUACACUCACCACAUCUUCCCCUCCCCACCCAUAAGACGUAGGAGCAGAAUUAGGCCAUCUGGCCCAUCGAGUCCAUUCCACCGUUCAAUUAUGGCUGAUCCUCUAUUUCCUUUCUGCUUUCCACAGGGAUCACUCUCUCUACAACUCCUGGUCUGCCCAUCUCUCCCCACCCAUUUCUUCCCAGCUGCAGGAGAUAUCAUCCCCAUCCCAAAUCCAUAGUCACACAGAAUGGAAACAGGCCCUUCAGCCCAUCUAGGCCAUGUUGACCAAGAUUCCCAUCUAAGCUAGUCCCACUUGCCCACAUUUGGCCCAAAUCCACCCAGACUUUUCCAAUCCAUAUACCUGUCCAAGAUAUUAUUAAUGUAUCUACCUCAACAAUUUGCCCUGCAGUUCAUUUCAUCUACUGACCACUCUCUGGAUAGAAACAUUUCCCCUCAGGUUCCUACUAAAUCUCUCCCCUCUCACCUUAAACCUGUACUUUCUAAUUCUGGGAAAGUACUCCACACAUUGAGUAUCUUUGCCCCUUGUGAUUUUAUACACCCCUCAGUCUCUUACGCUGCGAUGAAUAAAGUCCCAACCUGAAGACAAAACUCCAAAUAUGGCUUCACUUCCACGUCCACCGUCACCACCAUCCAGGGCCUGAAACAGCCCUUCCCCUAUGAGGUGGGCAUUAUUGCAUCUCCUCCAGCAUUAGUGGUUGCACCUGGGCCUCCUCUACAUCAGUGAGAACAGGUACAGACGGGGUAAUCGCUUUGUUCAACACCAACAUUCCUUCCUCCAGAAAUGACCCAUUUAUGUCUGUCUCCACUACCUGACAAUCCUUUAAAAUUGUGCAGUAUCUGUGCUUAUUGAAUGGCUUCUGAAACUCCAAAUACAAUGAAUAGACAGGAUCAGAUUUACCCUGCUUCCUACAUCUAUAAAGAAUGGACUGAAACAUUUUCUAAGUGUCCUGAUCCUUCUCUAUGAACUGCCAACUAUGGCUGACAAGCCCCAUCUUCCCGAAGCGAUUGGUUUUAAGGUGGCAGUAAACGUCCUUACCCCUUCUCCUGUCAGUAGAAAUGGUUCCACUGGGUCAGUCGCUAAGCCACAGGUGAAGACGAGAAGCUGGACUUGUUGGCCAGAGGCUAUUUGGGACACACGACAUUUGGAGCAUCUUGUGGGAGUUAAUCUUCACUACCCCCCUCCUCACCCUCCAUCCCAAACCAGCUGUGACAACUUUAAAGGAACCUAGGAAAAUAGAUAUAAUGUUCAAACUUUACAGAACAUUUUGUUAUCUAAAUACAGCCAACCCCCAUGUUACAGGGCAUGGGGGUGGGGAGGGGGUUAACGGGAGGUUGCGUUCAUAGGUGACAAGAUAUUGCAAUUUCCUUUAAUGUAAAACCUUGUCAAUGCGAUAAGAAAGUGGGUGAGACUUCUUCAGCUCAGUUAGUGCUGUAAUAUGAGGCAUGUAUUCUGCUUUUAGAAAACGAGUUUACUCCCUCAAUUUGUAUUGUGUAACAAAAAUGCGAAGUAUUAAUUUUGACAAGAAAAGCUGUGUGCAGAUUGCUUGCAAAUAUUGAUAUUACUGUCAAAGUAUCUUAACUUAAUAAAAUCAAAUUCUGUGUGUAUUUAUUAA